UAAGUGCUUUCCUAGGAAUUGGUUUCGCAGCCAAACAAACAAGGCACUAGCUGUUGCUGAAUUAGGUCAUGGGUUCUGUUAGACCCAAAAUGGGAAUGGGGUCGAUGCAAUCAAAUUAUUCUUAAAAUCUUUGGAGACUCAGCAGUUCACAUUUGACCGAUAAGAGAAGAUCGAGGGAGAAUAUCUCAGCAUCGUCACUUUCCAGAACAAUGCCACUCAAAUGGGUUUUGCAGUGGCAACCCAGCGCAGGAACAACCGUGAACACCCAAAUCCUCAAUGAAGUAACUCAGUGCGUGGAGAGCAUUAACGGCGUUAAAGAAGGCCGAUGGAAAGCUACUCUCACCUACUAUAAACCCAUACUACGAGACCAAUCGCAUGCUCCUGAAUUGCCGCGAGAUUUCUUGGGCAUUUCUUUGCCAGAGCAGCCAAAUAAGUAUUACUUCAUAAUCCGAGGUCAAAGGAUUGUUCUCGAGGCAGAUUCCUCCAUUCAAACAAUAAUGGAGAAGCUUCAGUCUUAUAAGUCGAGGGUUGCUAUUUACUUUGAGGGUUUUCAGUAUCAACUCGGGGACUUUCAGUUGCGAGUUGGGAAAGUUACCCCAACUCAUUCCGACAACUUGAGAGGAAUUAUUAUGGAGGUGGAGUAUCUUCCUUUGUCAUCAAUUGACAAAUCCAGGCAAGUCAUGGAAGAGUUUGUUGAUAUAUGGCAAGAAGCCAUCUCAAAAAGAUCAUUACCAGGCCAUUUCAUGCAUAUGGAACCAAACUUCGUGGAGUACGGUCUCUCUGAUCACUAUAGCUCGCAACACACAGCUGUGCAGUAUGCUACUGUCAUGGCUCAACUAAUUGCGACUCAGUCAGUGCAAGCCGCGAGAAACUAGGGAACAUUAAAACAUCACUGCAUCCUUCAUCCAGGUUUCAAUCAGGUGUUGUUAGAUCCAAUUGUCAUGGCUUCUGUGUUUUGUUUUUGUACCAUGGAAGUUUUGGCUCUUUCUGAAAUAAUUAGAUGUUAAGAUUCUAAAAGAAGGAAGCAGCUGACCGCUGUGGUGAAAACAUUGUUUUCUGAAGCACAUAUUCCUUCGGAGUUCUGCAUCUGGGUCUGCAAUUUGCUAAGCCGGUUGUGAUUACUGACGAGAGGCUUUAACUAGAACAUGGUUUCAUGCAAAGUAAGCCCUUAGAUUGCUGUGCGCUGAAAACAGUUGGCCCAAAUUGGCACAAAUCCUAUUGUUUCCUUUUAGUUAUUUAUCCAACAAAUUGCGCUAAUUCGUUUUA